AUGGCGUCAGUCAAUCAGAUGGGGGAGGGGACCUUGCCCACGGUCUCGGAGCUCUUCUCGCUGGAGGGCAAGACGGCAAUCUGCACAGGCGGCACUGGAGGGUUGGGUCUGUCGAUGGCGAUUGCCCUGGCAGAGGCUGGGGCUGAUAUUGUUUCGAUCCAGAUCAAAGAUGAUCCACGAGGGCCUCUGCUCGAAGAAGGAGUCAAGGCUUGCGGGCGGAGGCUCUCCGUGUUUGAGGCUGAUGUCGCAGAUUCUGCAGGCUUGAGAGCGUGUUUCGCAAAGAUCUGGGAGAGCGGUGUCGUGCCCGAUAUCCUGCUGAACUGUGCAGGGAUCAAUCGACGAGCAAAGGUGGAAGAUUUCACCGACGAGGACAUUGAUGCGGUGUUCCAAAUCAAUCUGAAAGCCUCGUUCGUGGCUGCCCAGGAAACGGGCCGAAAGCUGCUAGAGUUGAAACGGCCAGGCAAAAUCAUCAACAUUGCCUCGAUCAUCUCGUUCAUCGGCAACAUCAACAUUGCGGCGUAUGCCUGCACCAAGGGCGGCGUGUUGCAGAUGACCAAGGCCAUGAGCAACGAGUGGGCCUCUCAGGGCAUCAACGUGAAUUGCAUCUGUCCGGGAUAUAUCAUAACCGCCAUGACCAAGGUAUACACCGACGAUCCUGAAUAUACCGAGUACAUCAUCGGACGGACGCCAGCUGGCCGGUGGGGACUCCCCGAAGACUUUCGCGGAGCAAUCAUCUUCCUGGCCAGCAAAGCGAGUGAUUUCGUCUGUGGUACGAGUAUUGUGGUCGAUGGAGGGUUGAUAGCCAAAUGA